AAAACAAACCACGGCGCCAUUUAUUAAAUUUCUGACGAAAGCCGGCAAUUAGGCUAAAAAGAAAGAGAAAUGUCAUUAGGGCCCCACUGCAAUUUGAGGUCAACGGUCAAAAUAUACGCUCCCCUCUAAAAGCUCGAUUUUCCGAGCCCAAUACCCAAUUCUCUGUCUUUCCCGUUCAUAUCCACACACCCAACCACUCCUCUUUCUCCUAAUUUCUUAAAAAACAUUUCGGAAGAAAAUAAUAUUACGCCGGCUAUGGAGUUCGAAUUGGAUCACUCUGACGGGUUCGAUCGGAUACCCGACCCGCUUAUUAACCUCAUCUUCAACCAAAUCUCCGACAUCAAAACCCUAAUCCGAUGUCGCUCCGUUUCCAAACGGUUCAACUCUUUGGUUCCUCAAGCCGAUUCGCUCCUCCUCCGGGUCGACCGGGUUAUCUCCGCCACCGAUUCCGACGACGAAGACGAUUCCUUCUUCAUUGCUUUCCUCAGAUCCAUCAUCAAAUCCCUUCACCAUCUCGUUUCCCCAAGCAAGCCUCUCCCAAACCCGACCCGAUCACAAAACUCACCCGCCCAGAUCCUGCGCGAGUUCGAGAAGAUCCGGAAUCUUCAAAUCGAGCUACCGUCCGGCGAUCUCCGAUUAGAGAAAGGCACGACAAUUAAGUGGAAGGCAGAGUUUGGGAAAACCCUAAAGAGCUGCGUGAUUUUAGGGUUUCGUGGUGGGGAAGGUGGCGGGGGAGAGGCAGAGUUAGGCGGAGGAGGAGGAGGAGCUGGGGGAGGUUUGAAAAUGAGGGUAGUUUGGACAAUUAGCGCGUUGAUAGCAGCAUCAGCAAGGCAUUACAUGAUGAUGGAAGUUGUAAACGAGCACAAGGAGCUGGAGAAUUUGGUGAUCAAAGACAGAGAAGAUGAAGGUAAAGUAGUGAUGGAUAAGAAAGGAUUGAGAGAAUGUAGAGAGAGCCAAGGCGAAGGAGAAGAAGCGGAGGUGAAUAGUGCUACCAGUGGGAAUGGCGUUGGUGUUUGGUGGCGGAGCAAUCGUACGACUGUGCCAGCAGUACGAAUGAGGAUGAGGCACGAAGCUAGAAUGGAACUCUCCGAUGGCACGAAAAUGGUAGGAGCAACAUUGGUGGUUGUGCGGCCAAUUAAUCAGGGUAAUGGUGAGAGGAGUGAGGUAGAGGAACAAAAUGGAGAUGUAGGAUUGGCAUUAGCGGCAUUUGGGGAUGAUGCAGUGUAUGGAGAAGCCGUGGAGAGGUUGCUCAAGAGUAGAAGUUAUAUCCUGGAGAUGAAUUCCUUUUAGUUCCCACGGUAUCUGUUUGAUUAACUUUUACAUGAUGAUACAGAAGUGAUCUAGCUGAUUCCAGCUUAUUCGGUAUUGAGGAGUAGCAACUGAACACUUCGCUUCUAGCAUACCCACAGCCUAUAAAAAAGGGCCGCAACGGCAACUAUCUGAAAUCCCGUAAGAGGAAGAACAGGAGGGAAACCUCUAUGUUAAGAGACCUCUAUUAUGCUGAAGGAUGCAAUUGAUUUGUCACCUGAACAACCUCGGCAGAAGGGCCCGGUAUCUCAAGGAGCCUAUUAGCAAAGGGCCAUGCCACUUAGGUUCCUUGGCAAUAUUGAAUUACAGAUUUUUUGAGUUAUUGUCAGUAUGUUGCAAAAUACCAUAUGGAAUUAUCAGAGGCAACUGCCAUUGGCGUAGUGAAUUCACCAGCUGUGAUACAGUAUGAGCAAGGCCUGAUGAAUGCUUUUCCAAAUGACAAUUCAAGCAUGAGUCCUUAACUAUAUCUUUGAUUAAAUUUGUUUCUGAAUGUUAGCAGCCACGAUCAAAAGCUUUAUUAGCUGUGUCUAAUGGCCAUGUGUGAUAAUCGUUGUAGCUUGUAUUCUUCUGUUGGUUUUUGGACGUUUAUAAUUUCUCGUGGAAACUUUAAUGACAGUUGAUCAAAGUUUUAGCGAGGCAACAAUUACAUAAUCAAGAAGUUGAAGCUGUUGUAUAAAGAAGGUUCACAG